AUGUUGAAUGCCGGGUGUAUCGCAAGUGUUCUUCUGGCCAGUGUGACUACUUGUCAAGGAGUAAUAUUCAAGCCACAAAAUGACUUCGAAGCUCUAUCCGGGCCCAACACUUCUAUCGCCUUGGAUCUACGCCCAUUCUUCAAUAACCGUGCAUUUGGGUUGAGUCCUAACGAUUCGAGCUUCGAUGGCCAAGGAAACUCAUACCCGGCCAAAGAGAUUCCACCAGAGAGAUUCGCCUAUGGAGGAGUUAAUUAUCGAUUCUCUCCGUACAAUGCAUCUGGCUACGACAAUGUCCUAGUGAAGGGACAAGAGAUCAAGGUCCCCCGUGCCAAAUAUUUCAGUUAUCAGAUGCUUGCUGCAUCAGAGUCUGGAAUGGCAGCUGGGUCGGUCACAGCCAAGUAUGCUGAUGGUAGCAAUACAACUGGCCCGUUACUUGUCCCCGCAUGGUGGAGCUGGCCAUAUCCCGCUGGAGGAGACCUGAUCUUCUCCUCUUAUCUCACGCAAAACAGCUCAAAUUUCAACCGAACCAAUAUCUUCCAAACCAUUAAUUGGUUGGAUUCUUCAAAAGAGCUUGUUUCGCUGACGUUCCCCGAGUCCUCCUCUGGGUCUUCGACCGAGCCUGGAGGCGCUGAAGUGGAUACAAAACUGCACGUUUUUUCUUUGUCACUUCUGCCUGCCUCAAAGGAUAUUUCAAGAGCACCGAGGCUUCAGACUCAGUAUGCUCGCUCUACACAAAAGUGGAUGGAGGGCACGGAAAAGGUUCAAAUCAUUGAAGUCCUGGUAAAUAAUAUCGGGUCUUCAUUCAUCCUACGGAAUAACACUGUUCGAGUCCGGAUAGAGUCGCCAGGUCUGAAGACAGUGACCCACGGAGUAAUCAAUCGCCUAGGGCCCGGCGAUCAGGCCAUAGUAGAGAUUGGGGUUAUCAAUCGCGAUGGGGUGAAAUCAGGAAGCUCAGGUCCGGCCACUGUGGUCAUUGAAGGCGAAGGAGUCAGAAGCCAGAAGUAUACUUUCAAAGGAUCCUACGGAAUCGGCCUGUACGAAGCUACCUAUGAGUCAAUCUACAGCCAUGAAGCCCCGACCUGGUAUAAUAAUGCUAAAUACGGGAUCUUUAUCCACUGGGGAGUUUAUUCAGUGCCUGGCUGGGGCAAUUCAGGAUCGAAGGAGAACUACGCUGAGUGGUAUUGGUGGUGGCUUGGUCAGGGUCCUAGUGAUAAGACUGAUGUCUAUGACUAUCAAAAGAAGACCUAUGGGACAGAACUUGUAUACGAUGAUUUCAUUCAGAAUUUCACGGCGGACGCGUGGGAUCCUAAGGAAUGGGUUGAUCUUUUUGCCGAUGCCGGUGCCAAUUACUUUGUUCAAGUCAGCAAACACCAUGAAGGAUAUGCUCUUUUUGAUCUCCCAGAAAAUAUCACCAAGCGAACAUCCGUGGCCAUGACGCCGCACCGGAACUUGGAACUGUUUGAUGCUUCCAAGAAGUACCAGCCACACUUGCAUCGUGCGGUAUACUACUCACUACCUGAAUGGUUUCAUCCAGACUACAAAAAAUAUGGGUUCUCUUCUUGGCCCGGAGGAAAUGCAACCAAUCCUUUCACCAACGAAACACUUCCGUACACCGGGUAUGUGCCACUUAACGACUAUAUCGAGGAUAAGAUACUUCCCGAAAUGAAUACUCUGGCCGAGAUGGGCACCGAAAUCAUGUGGUGUGAUAUCGGUGGUCCUAAUCGUACUGUGGAUUUCGCAUCACAGUGGUUCAACAAGGCAGCAGAGGAAAAUCGGCAAGUUGUGAUGAAUGCACGAUGUGGUCUACCAGGAGACUUUGACACCCCCGAAUAUGCCCGGUACGAUGGGGUCCAAGUUCGAAAGUGGGAGAGCAGCCUGGGGAUGGACCCAUAUAGUUACGGCUACAAUCGCGCAACCCCCCUGGCUAGCUAUAUGAACGCCAGCAGCAUUGUGACAGGCCUGAUUGACAUUGUGAGCAAGAACGGUAAUUUUCUUCUAGACGUGGGCCCAACCGCGAAUGGAACAAUUAUCGACGUCGAACAAAGGAACCUGCGCGAGGCUGGUGUUUGGAUCAAGGAUCAUGCCGAGGCUAUCUUCAACACAACAUACUGGUUUGUCACUCCAGAAGAGGGCGAUAAUGUCAGGUUCACCAUCUCGAGGGAUGCUUUCUAUAUCCAUGCACUCUCCAAACCGAACAGCACAUUGAUCUUGAAUAGCCCCAUUCCAUGGGUUAAUGGUGACAAGGUGACUGUAUUGGGUGGGAAAAUGCAUGGUGAAGUGGUGCCAACAAGAAAGUCUAGCAAUGGAUCUGUGGCCUUAUUCCCAAGCAAGGAGGUUGUUGCAGCUGAUCGGAUGGCUUGGGUAUUCAAGAUCUCAUAUUAA